AAUUUUUAUACAAUUUAAAUUUGUCAACGCCUAAUCAAACAAAAAAUAUCUGCAAACGUUUCAAUUGCUAGCUUAUUGGCUGCCAAACUCUGAUCUUCCUUCUCCCCUUGUUGCUUCGAUUUCUUUGCCGUCGUUCUCAUCUCUGCAGAUCUGAUCUUUUGAUUUUCCCUCACAUCUGUGUUGAAUUCUCACUGAAGUGCCCUGCGGUGGUGAUUUCGGUUCGGAAUUUCGGGUGAUCGGAAACGGCCGCGAAUUCUAGGGUUUCUCCGGAGGAGAAGGAGCAGCGAGGCGGAGGAUGGCGGCAGCGAGGACGGCGAGGUCACGAGCCACGCCGGCGAAGGAGAAUGGCGUCAGAGUCGAGGAAGUCUUGAGUGUGUUCAAGUCCGAUAAGUUUGAUGCCGAUGCUUAUGUGCAAUCGAAAUGUUCACUCAACGAGAAGGAUGUAAAGCAAUUACGCUCUUAUCUUUUGGAUUUGAAGAAAGCUUCUGCUGAAGAGAUGUGCCGAAGUGUUUUUGCUAAUUAUUCGGCUUUUAUACGCACAUCAAAAGAGAUAUUAGAAUUGGAUGGGGAGCUAUCAUCAAUCAGAAAUCUUCUAUCCACUCAGGCUACUCUAAUUAAUGGCUUAGCCAAUGGGGUUAACAUAGACAUCGAUAAAGUAUCUGAAGAUUCUGUUGCAAAUGGCAUGUUAUAUUUUAAAGAUGAGGACCACUCCGAUCUGAAGAAAUGGGCUGCAGAAUUUCCUGACCACCUUGAUGUUCUGUUGGCUGAAAGGAGAGUGGAUGAAGCUCUGGCGGCUUUUGAUGAAGGAGAAAGUAUAUUUUCUCAAGCAAAUGAAAAGAGCACCUUGAGCUCUUCUAUGCUUUCAUCUCUUCAGUUUGCUAUCGCAGAACGCAAGCAGAAGUUGGCCGAUCAGCUUGCUGAAGCUACUUGUCAACCCUCAACCCGAGGUGGUGAACUUCGGUCAGCUAUACUAGCUCUCAAAGGACUUGGAGAUGGUUCCCGUGCCCAUACUUUGCUACUUAAUGCCCAUUUUCAGAGAUAUGAGUACAACAUGCGAAGUCUUCGUCCAUCCAGCGCCUCAUAUGGAGGGGCAUAUACUGCUGCUCUCUCUCAGCUUGUAUUUUCGGCUAUUUCUCAAGCAUCCAACGAUUCACUGACAAUAUUUGGGAAAGAGCCAGCUUAUACUUCUGAGCUUGUAACUUGGGCAACAAAGCAUACCGAGGCAUUUUGCCUUCUUGUUAAAAGACAUGCCUUAGCCUCUUCUGCUGCGGCUGGAGGACUAAGAGCUGCUGCAGAGUGUGCAAAGAUAGCUCUAGGGCAUUGUUCUUUAUUGGAAGCUCGAGGUUUGUCUCUCUGUCCCGUGCUUCUAAAGCACUUCAAGCCUGUUAUCGAACAGGCAAUUGAGGCCAAUCUAAAACGAAUUGAAGAAGGCACUGCCGCUAUGGCUGCGGCAGAUGAUUGGGUGCUUACAUAUCCUUCUGCUGGUAGUCGUCAUGCUAGUACUGCAUUUCAAAAUAAGCUUACGCCAAGUGCUCACUGGUUUAAUCUCAUGGUUCAGGAAUUCUUUGAGGAUGCAGGACCUCUUCUAAGUAUGCAGCUGGGCAGUAAAGCAUUGGAAGGUCUAUUUCAAGUUUUCAACUCAUAUGUAAACGUGCUUAUAAGAGCAUUGCCCGGUUCAAUAGAAGAAGAAGAGGCAAACUUUGAAGGCUCUGGAAAUAGGAUCGUCCGAAUGGCCGAGACAGAAGCCCAGCAACUUGCAUUACUUGCAAAUGCAUCGUUUUUAGCGGAUGAACUUCUGCCACGGGCUGCCAUGAAGCUCUCUCCUCUUGAUCAGGCUGGUUAUCAAACGGACGACCAAAGAAGGCCUUCAGAUAGGCAAAAUCGUAAUCCUGAACAUCGAGAAUGGAAGAGACGCUUAUUGAGUACAGUCGACAGAUUAAAAGAUGCAUUCUGUCGUCAGCAUGCGUUAGACCUCAUUUUCACGGAGGAAGGAGAAAGUCAUUUGUCUGCUGAGGUGUAUAUAAGCAUGGAUGGAAAUGCCGACGAUAUCGAGUGGUUCCCGUCUCUGAUAUUCCAGGAGCUUUUUUCGAAACUUCAAAGGAUGGCUAGUCUUGCAGGAGAUAUGUUCGAAGGAAGAGAAAGAUUCGCAAUGUCGCUAUUGAUGAGACUAACAGAGACUAUUAUUUUAUGGCUCUCCGGAGAUCAGAUCUUCUGGGAUGACAUCGAAGAAGGUCCUAGACCUUUGGGUCCUCUUGGCCUUCGACAGUUGUAUUUGGACAUGAAAUUCGUCAUGUGCUUUGCAUCCAAAGGUCGUUACCUGUCAAGAAACUUGCACCGUGGCACUAACGAGAUAAUUACCAAAGCCGUGACUGCUUUUGCUGCAGCAGGGAUGGACCCGUACAGCGAGCUCCCGGAAGACGACUGGUUCAACGAGAUAUGUUUGGAUGCGAUGGAAAGAUUGAGCGGAAAAUCGAAAGGGAAUAGCAUAGAACCCAACAGCCCGACCGCCUCGGUCUCUGCCCAGUCUGUUUCAUCGGUUAGAUCUCAUGGAAGUUACUGAACCUAUGCUUUGCAUCUUCAUUGUACAUUAGACGAGUGAGUAGGAGGUUAGUAAUGAUUCUUUUUUUUAUUUGCUAGCUAUUCUUUAUUUUACCCAAAGAUUGCAUUUUCUUCUCUUAACCAUGUUUUUGGAUAACAUUCUUUAAUUUCUCAGACUGUUCGUGAUUUUUGUUUUUAUGUUGUGUAAAUAUUUUGGGCUGAUUGAUUUGGUUACAAGGUGACCCUUUUAUUAUUCUUUGAA